CCCGUGUGACUGACAGACCCUCCCGGCUCGGCUUCAGACUGCAGCGCGCGGCGGCACGAGGUGCGAGGACACACCGACUGCUGAGAGCCCCGCGGCCCCGCCGCUCACCGGAGGACCCGCCCCGCUCUCACCGGACACUUUAACGGGACUUUGUUGGGUUUGAUCCGCCGCACGCAGGGCGCAGGGCGCAGAGCGCAGAGCGCGCGCAGACACCGCCCCGGACACAGGUGAGAGGAAGCAGGUCCAGGUGCAGCAGUCAGGAUCAGCUGAGGAGAGUCAUGGCUCUCUGGAGCGAACUGGGACUGUGAGCUCUCCCAGUCCGAGCAACUGGACUAACUGGACGGUCAUCAUCUUCAUCUUCCUCCUCCUCCUCCUCGCUCAGCUGCAGGUGCUCCACGAUGUUUCACCACAGCAACAACAAGAAGUGUUUCACCAUCGAGUCUCUGGUGGGGAAGGAGGCGAGCAGCGGCGGCGGCUCCGGUGAGGAGCCCAUCCGGCCCACGGCGCUCCGCUUCCCGGAGUCCCUGCACCCCUCCGCCGCUGCCGCCGCCGCCGCCGCCGCCGGGGUGUUCGGCUCGUGCUUCCAGGGGAGCAGCGGGAGGACUUUGUACUCUGCCGGGCCGGACAUGGUGCUCCAGGAGCCCGGGACGCACGCGCACAGCCCCGGCGGGCUGCCGCUGCACCCGCUGCAGAUCCCCCCGCAGAGCUUCUUCAGCCCGCAGCACCGGGACGCGCUCAGCUUCUACCCGUGGGUGCUGCGGAGCCGCUACCUGGGACACCGCUUCCAAGGGGAUGACAGCAGUCCAGAGAACCUGCUGCUUCAUGGUCCGUUCUCCAGAAAACCCAAAAGGAUCCGGACGGCGUUCUCGCCCUCUCAGCUGCUGCGCUUAGAACGAGCAUUUGAAAAAAAUCACUAUGUCGUCGGAGCCGAGAGGAAGCAGCUGGCCAGUGGGUUGUGUCUGACCGAGACGCAGGUGAAGGUUUGGUUUCAGAACCGCAGGACAAAGCACAAGCGUCAGAAGUUGGAGGAGGAGUCUCCUGAAGCUCAGCAGAAGAGGAAGGGCAGUCAGCACGUCAACCGCUGGAGAGCGGCCACACAGCAGCCUGGAGGAGGAGGAGGAGGAGGAGGAGGAGGAGCAGUGGAGGACGUGGACGUCCUCAGUGAGGACUAGACUGCAGCAAACACACACACACACACACACACACACACACACACACACUGUUACAGUCACUCUGAUUCGUGUCAGACGUCUAAAUUUACCUUUAAAGGUGCGUUCAGGUGCUUUUUACAUGUUUAAAUAUAGCAUAUCAACGGUUAGACUCACAGGAGGAUGAGCUAACGAUGCUAACAGGAGGAUGAGCUAACGAUGCUAACACAAGUCUCUAAACUUCAGGUGUUGAUUCAGUUUUUCCUCCUUUAAACGAAAGUAAAGUCCAUUAUGAACAUGGACUAUUAUAAGUUUAAUUUCUCUGUAAAAUCAACCAUGGUCAAACUGAGGCCUGAACCGCUGUAAAAAAAUGAAGUUUAUUAAUAUUAUAAUAUAAUAUUAUUUAUAUAUGUGUGUAAUAUUAAUAUUGUUAAUAUUACACACAGUGAGAACUUCACUCUACCAACAAACACUUAGCUGUAAAAUAAACGGCUCUAAAUCAUAAAUUAAGUCUAAAGAAAUAAUAAAAACGUGUCACUUUAAAAUCUCUUGAAUCGUUCAAUAGAAAACACCAGAACAUAAAUGUGCACAAACCUGGGUAAAAGGCACUGAACGCACCACGAGGCCAACUUCAGCUCUGUGUGCCACUGAUGUGAAGCACUGAUGAUGAGGAUGAGAAUAUUCUGUGAGAGGGGAGAGAGACAUGAGCUGUAAUGACUCUGUAAGAUUUAAAAUUCAUUAACAGCAAACGUGUAACUGAUGGUGUGAGCGAGCAGAAAGUCCCUGAACGCCUCCCGCAGCUGAGACCAGAACAAACUCAGAACUGUUGUCCUCUCAACAAACUUUAUUUGUCUGAAAACAAGUCUGUGAAGAAUCCAGUCUCUGCAGGACGGUCACAAUAAUUAACACAAAUUCAGUGAAUUAUUUCAUCCAACCAAAACUUUACUGCAGAUUAGAUCAUUUAAAACAGGUCAAAUGGAGCUGCACGCAUCGUAUAGAUUAGCUCAGCUUCUCCUCUGUACCUGGGACAGAGUAACACACACAGUGACAGGGUUAACUGUUAGCAUCUCACGGCUAAUGUCACCCAACGGUUAAUAACAGCCGCUGCUGCUGUGUUAGCUCGUGCUAACAGAGCAGGAGGAGAGCGGCUCAUGGAGACGGUCCUUCAGCGCUGUGUUGAAUGGCAGCAACAGCUGAUUGUUGGCGUUCAGCUGUCAUCACAAAUAGAUUGUAAGGGUACGGUCACAUGUGAGCAGCUGCAGGGGCGUGACCAUCGUCUGCUGAAGCUAAGUACGCCACAUGCGGAAAGGUAGCUCGCUAAUAAAUACAGCGAAAUCUGAUGUUAAUUUUCCACAUUGUUACGUUCCACGCUCGUCUCCUGACUCACUGCAGCCAGGCUGCUUCUCUCAUGUCGGGCACUUUGUACCUUUCAUGGACAAUAUCACACAACAUCGGCAGGUUAGACAGGAAAACACUUGGUGCUUCUCAAAGUCGAGGAAGGAUCUUUAAACGUCUGAAUUUCAUGAAGGUGACGUCACUGAAUCCCACUGAAAGACUGUUGUAAUGUCAAGGAUCCUUUGAAUUCUUCCGAGGACCGAGUCCUUCCUCCAGAGACGGAUUAAAGGCGGGGCCCAGGGUUGCAGCAAUAUUACGGUUUUAAAGUAUACUGUGAUUUAAAAGUUAUCAUUAAUAUUUGAAUUAUUUUCUCAGGGGAGACUUUUUACACAAACUUUCAAUUAUUGUAAUAAAACGUUUGUUCAACCAACAAUAACUUUUCUGUUUUCAUCCCUUUGAGGAUCAUUCUGACUGAUGAUAAGAAAUAAUUCUGUAAUACUGUGAUAUUUUCUGAGACCCUAGCGGGGCCUCUUCAAUGACACACACCUGUUCUGAUGUGUGUUCACUGAAUGCUAGGAAGGAGUCUGGCCUCUGUAGGAUCUGACUUGGAAGGAUCCGUCCUACAAAGGAAGCAUCCUUGACUUUAAGAAGCACCGAGCAUCUCCUCCACACAAACGUCUUUGCUGUUGGUUGAAGCUGCGGCGUCACCGGUCAGAGUUCACCAAAGUUGAAAUCCAGGUGAUGCAAAGAUGUGAUUUUGCUUCGCCAUCAGAAGCAAAUGUUUUCUCACCCCUCUGCUCGCACUGAAAGGAAGUGAACAGAAGGCGAAUAUUCGCUGGUGUUAAUUUCGCUCAUGUGUGACUGUACCCGAAUUCUCUGGGGAUGAAUGAAGGCUCUUAGUUAAAGGCGUGGAGUCUGAGACAGCAUCGCAACUAUUUCUGCAAUUUUCACUUGCUCCUGCAAUUUUAUUGCAGGAGCAACAAUCCCAGAAACACCCGGUUAAUUCCUGGAGGGACUGAAACAUUAAUCAUAGGUAACGAGGAGGAAAAACUAAACACUGAGGCCAGUAUCUCUGACUGUGAUAUUUUCUCUGGUUAAGUCAGAAAGUUCACAGUUACACUGAUGACUAAAGUUCAGUGACCUCAGGUCCUGUCAAACAUCAGCCCAGGCCUGAAUUUCAAAAUAAAACCUGAUGUUGCAACAUGACAUCAUCUCCUCUCUCUGAUUUCAACACUUGAACAAAACAAAUGUCGUUCUGACUCAUGUGACAGGAAUCAAAACAGACCUCAAAAUGGAAAGUUACCAAAACUAACUCCAACAGAUCACCGUCCUGAAGCACAGACGCUGUGAUGCCAGUGUUGUAACAGUAGCUGCAGACCAACAGACAGGUGGAGGAGUUUCCUGUUCACACAUGUUUGCCAAAAAUGAUUUGGCAUCAUCGGCGUGAUCACAAUCUGUCAGAAACAUCUGCAGGAAAUCAGAUCUUAACUGAUUAGUCUGAUUACAGCUCAAAUCUCUCAGAAACAGACUCAAGGUUCAAUAAUCUGUCGCAGGAAAGUGAUAAAAAUAAAAUGUAAAAAUUAAUUACAGUCAUAUAAAGACUUUAGAGUUGUUACUUUUAUUACAUCCUACUCAGAUUUAUAGAAAACACACACACACACACACACACACACGCACGGCAGCACACAUGACCAACACACACACACGGAUGUCAACAGCUUACCUUUCCAAGGACUGAUGGAUGUCCCUGAAUGCAUCGCGCUCAUGCAACAAGAGGUCAAAACUCUCUGUGACAGACGAGGAUAAAAAACAAAACUCUGAUCAGCCACGAAGGAGGAGCUCAAAAAAACAAACUGUACCUUCCUGUCGGAGUCGGACUGACGAGGACACUUGACGCUUCCGAGAGGCGAAAAUAAAAAUAAACAGGAGUCCAAACGUGGUCACAGCUGUUGACUGAACACUCUGUGGUGGAUUUUUGGUGCCAAACGAAAGCCAGCGUUCCUGAAAAUAAAAUUAAAAAAAAAAAAAAAAAAAAAAAAA